UUGAGCAAUGGCAUCGCCUUUCGCCAUUUUGUAAAGUUGUUAUUGUUGUCGAAUGAAAUUUCUUAUGACUUCCUUUCUAUUGUGGUUUGCUGAUAGAAUGUACAAUUACUCUAAACCGACACCUUGGAGCUCAAGUCAUAAAAGUGAAAAUAAAGUUAUUUAACGUUUGUCCAGCUGUAGGUAUUGAUACAAUGAAUUUAGUGAUGUGGAAAGUUGUCCCAGUACAAAGAUAAACGUGAAAUAUUUACUUAUAUCGAGUUUUAUAAAAUACCUCAAUUAAUAUAAACCCGUAGCAUUGAUGAUGAAAUGAGCAGUAACAUUGAACAAAAUGGCUCUCAACCACCAGUAACAACGCAAUCACCAUCAGCUUCUACAUCUCCAGCUGACAAAUCGCACAAAAAAAAGGAACUAUGUAGAAAAUUUCUUUGGGGCACGUGCAACAAGGGUGCUGCUUGUAGAUUUCGUAAUGAAUUUGAUAUCGAAAAAGUGAAAGAGACUUUAAAAUUCUGUCAUGAUUAUCAAAACCGCUCUGGUUGUACACGUGAAGAUUGUAGGUACCUACAUACCACAAAGGAAGAACAGAAUUUAUUUUACGCUACUGGAAAAUUGCCGAAAGUUUUAGCAGAUAGGCAUGCUAACAUUUCUGCUGAAGCAAAACUACAAACUUCAAUGUUUAUUAAAGAGACUGUAAUGGGAGCUUCGCCACCAGCAGCCGUGACAGCUCAGUCUGCCAUGCCUGUAGUGGGACCAAUGCCUCCGCCGCCUGUAGUGGGUCCUAUGUAUCCGCCUGGAAUGGCAAUAAGGCCUGGGCCUCCAAUGAUGCCUACGCCUAUUCCUCCUCCGGGACCACCGCCAGGUCCGCCCCCUGGUUCUGCACCUCCAGUACCACUAGGACCACCUGGCCCCCCUUGUCCUCCUCCAGGUCUAGGCCCUUCAACAGUUCCAAUAACUGUAAUGCCUAUUCAACACUUACCUCCCCCACCUCCUCCACCCACACAAAAUUCUGCUACAAUUUCUCAACCCACACCUCCAGUUUAUACAGCAUCAUCUCAUCAAAGGGGAGCUUUUCAUUUGAACCAACCACCACCAGGAGUUCCACCAAAGUUUGAUGCUAGUAAGCCACCCCCACCAUUGCUUCAAGUACAAAAUGGAACAUUGAAACGGCCAGCAUCUAGUGACCUUGAAGCUGGGCCAAGCAAAGUGCGAAAAGAGGACGACUGUAAUAAUUAUGACUCUCUGUGUGAUUCCUGUCUGCAGCGACAAAUCAGAAUUGAUGCAUAUAAAAAGGAAAUGGAAAAUAUGUACGCUCGUGAGGAGUGUCAAAUGUUAAUAUACAAAAAGAAAAUGGAACUAUAUCAGAAAAACGAGGAAAUUUUAAAGUUAUUAGUUAACCCCGUGCUUUUUGGAUUGCUCGUAGAUAGCGAGGAUGGAUCACAAAUUCACGAUGCUUUAAAUCAAAGUCAAUCUUAUAAUAAUGCAAAUGACAGACAAUUACUAAUGCAAGUACUAGAAUACUAUAUGAAUAACCAAAAUAAUUCUGAUUCGAAACAAGCGACAUCCCCGCCAAUAGAAGAGAGAAUUAAUAGUUUAUUUUCGACGGGAUCGUCAAAAUCUGUUCCACAUUCCAAGUCAGAUAUAUUAUCUCUUCUGGAAAAAUUGUGUGAUGAGAAAGACGAAAAGAAAUGCGACGUGACGAUAACGACGGCGAGUAGCAACAACAACACUAACAGCAGCUACCAAAUGUACACGAACGGCCCGAACAAGCAAGAGUCGCAAACGGUGAACAGCAGUAAGCACAGCGGCGGGGGUAAGGUGAAGACCUCGGUGGCCGGUUCGAAGGCGGGCGGCUCGCCGGCGGUGACGUCAUACCCGGUGUACAGCGCGCCGCCGCCCAUGUCCAGACCGUACGCAACUUCUUCGGCGCCGCCCUUACCGAAUACAUCAAUGGCAACAUACAGCCAGCAGAAUGGUGUGCUCUCUACCCAGUCUCUAGCGUCGAAACCGGUGCCUUGUGUAGUUCCUCCGCCUCCGCCUAAUAAUAACCAAAAAUGUCAGUCGUAUAACACGGGAUCUUACCCCCCGCCAACUCCGUAUUACAACCCGUAUCAGUAGCAUUGGGGGAAAAUCGCCUGCGCGAUGUGGACACGGACUAUUAGUGAUAGUCUAAGAGAUAAGUGUGAAUGUGUAAAGAAUAUUUUUAAAAUAAUUACUAUAAGAUUAUGAUAUUUACUAAAUUUAAACCGUUUAUUCCAAUUCAAUAUUCGCAUUAGAUAUAAAAAAUUUUACAUAUAUGACUUAGAAAUAUUGAUCUGUUGUCUUGUUAUUGACAUGAAUAGGUCAAAAUAUGAUGAAUUGUGGAUUUUAUGAUGACACUAUGUUAUUUGACGUGUGUUACAUAUCGGUUACAUGUAUGUGAGGAUUAGCUGACUAUUAUCUCGUAUUUUAAAUAAAAGUCGCGAAUUUCACGUCCUACAAAAUCAUUGCAUGAUAACGUAUGCUAUUUUCGUAAGUACAGUCAUUUGUUUUGUAUGAUGUUUUAAUUAAUAAGGGCGUGGUAGUGCAUAAAGUAUAAGCUCGUAGACAGGAUAUUUUUGAUAAUAUUUUCCAGUUACAGUGCUCGUUACGGUUGAUAUAUAAGUAUAAAGACGUUGAUUCCAGUUUGUCUGUUAAUGUAUUGGCGGUCAAGUAUGUAAGAAAUAUAACCGAUCUGUCUGUAACAUGACAAUAGACUGUCACCGAACGUACAAUGCAGAACAAGUGUAGACGUUUUCAGUGCGAUGUGAAGCGACAUUUUUACAUCAGAUAUAGUUGUUUUUAUCACCAUAAUAUUAUUUAUGUAAUUGAAAUGCGCUUAUUGUUAUUAACUUAUUUAAAAUACGCCCUAGAGAGCCUCAAGUUUACAAUAGGUAUUUGAACAUGAUAUUGCCCCGAUCUCGGUCUACAUACUUAUUUUCAAACUUCUGGUAUUUGAUAACUUCGAUGCGAUCAUAAUUAUUUAAAAAAAUAACAACUAAUAGCGCCAUAUUGUGCCUUUAUUAUUACACAAAAAAGAUAUGACUAUCUUUUUUGUCCAGAAAACAAUAAAUAACUUAAAAUUUAGAUUUUAAUUGCUCUGUUAAUUAAAUAGUUCUAUUUUUUAUUUAAACUAUUGUGUACGUGUGGCUCUACCGGAUUACAUUCAAUAAUAAUUGUAAGAGAAUACUUUUAUAUGCGAUUAUUCUUAAGAUCAACGAAUAUUUGUUAUUUAUUUUGUACAUCGCGUUUUGUAUAACACCAACGCAUAUUAAUGUGUGUAAAUAGUCAUUUUAAUACUUAAACUUACGUGGCUCUGAAAUUAAAUGCGCGUUGUCAAUAGUGCAAGCAUCAUACGUAGACCACGUCAUAGGUUGAGGGAUGUCUAUGCAAUAUUUAUUUUUAAAUGAUUUAAUGGGACAAAAAUGUAAAAUAGACUGUUGUGUGACAAAAAAAAAACAAAAUGCCAGUAAUUCA